UCCAAAAGCGUUGAAGAUUGUCAGAAGGUUCGACACGCGUCUUAGCAGCUCGAUCGUUUGUUUAGUUGUAAAUUAAAAACAAUAAUUAAAUAUAUUAAUUAUAAUAAUUUAAGAACAAUAACAAGUCGAGCAAUUGAACAAGUGACGUGGAACUAAAAAAAGGACAAGGAAUAUUUUUACUACUAUUUUUGCUAGUACUUGGCAAAAAUUCAAUUGCGUCUCAAUUGGACGAAAACCAUUCUGAUUUGUUGAAACAGACCACCGAGGAGUACAAAAUGCCUGAGAAGCGAUUGGUACCAGCAAUUUCAUCUUUGGAAGAAUUCGAAACGAAUUUGCCUGGCUACUUAAAUCCUGAAAAAAAGCUAGCAAUCCUUUUGGACUAUGAUGGCACUUUGGCUCCGAUUGCUAGUAACCCUAAUAAAACUGCAAUGCCAAUAGAAUGUGAAAUAUUGUUGAACAAAAUUGCGAGUCAUCCUAAAGUAUUUCUAGCUGUUAUUUCGGGAAGAGGCAUUAAAGACGUGCAGGAGAAAGUUGGCAUAGCCAAUAUAACAUAUGCUGGUAAUCAUGGCAUUGAAAUUGAGAACCCAGAUGGUACACGGCAAGACUACAAGUUGUCAGGUGAAGUCUUAAAUUCCUAUCGUCAGCUCGUCAACGAACUAAAUCAACAAGUUAGCAAAAAUAAUGCCUGGGUUGAAGAUAAACGUGUGUCACUUACGUACCAUUAUCGUGACACGCCACCACUUAUCAAAGAAGAGCAGAAACAGUUAGCUAUUAAAAUCAUAGAGGCUCAUGGGUUUAGAGCGAACCAAGCACACGAAGCAAUUGAGGCUAAACCACCAGUGAAUUGGAAUAAAGGUGAGGCAGCAUUAUUGAUUCUAAAAAAUAAAUUCGGGAACAAUUGGUCUAAUCACGCCGGUGUUGUGUUUGCUGGUGAUGAUAACACAGACGAGGAUGCAAUGCGAGUAUUACAAGGCUUAGGAAAGACCUUUAGAAUAUCUACAGAUCCAAAUAUCGAAACUUUUGCUGAUUUUCGUCUUGCUAGACAAGAUUUGGUUACAGAUCUUUUAAAAUGGAUUGCAAGUGCUUAUCACAUAUAAUAGAUGCUAAGAUUAUAAUAAAUUCGAUAUUCUUUACACUUGUAGCUUUAUUUAUAAGAGAUAAUCAUUGUUCCAAAACUGGUAUAUAUAUUUGUGAAAGUAUUUUU